UUAUUGGGGACAGAGACCCUCAGCUCCUCAGGAGCCACUGCUGUGGACUUGUGUGUGCCUCUCCUGUCUGCUGUGCAGGGCUGCUCCUCCAAACCAAGUUAAUUUAUUGGACUCCAGAGCCGUAAUGGGAGAACUGGGAUGGAUAGCCUACCCGAAGAAUGGGUGGGAAGAAAUUAGCGAAGUGGAUGAGAAUUAUACGCCUAUACACACGUACCAAGUGUGCAACGUAAUGGAGCAAAAUCAGAAUAACUGGCUGCAGACUAUCUGGAUCUCUAACGAAGGGGCCCGCCGUAUAUUCAUCGAGCUAAAGUUUACAUUGCGGGACUGCAACAGCCUCCCCGGCGGCCUGGGAACCUGCAAGGAAACAUUCAACGUGUAUUAUUUCGAAUCCGACGACGAAGACGGGAGAAACAUCAGAGAAAACCAGUACUCGAAAAUCGACACGAUCGCAGCUGACGAGAGCUUCACGGAGCUCGACCUUGGAGACCGUGUCAUGAAGCUGAACACAGAAGUGCGAGACGUGGGCCCGCUGUCUAAAAAGGGCUUCUAUCUGGCCUUUCAAGAUGUGGGCGCCUGCAUUGCCCUGGUCUCUGUGCGCGUGUACUAUAAGAAGUGCCAGUCCAUACUGCACAGCCUUGCUCUCUUCCAAGACACAAUCACGGGGGCCGAUUCCUCCUCCCUGGUAGAAGUGCCAGGCACGUGCGUCAACAACUCAGCGAAAGACGACACUCCGAAAAUGUACUGCAGCGCGGAUGGGGAGUGGCUGGUUCCCAUUGGAAGGUGCAUAUGCAAGGAAGGCUACGAAGAGCAAAAGAACGUGUGUCAAGUUUGUAAACCAGGAUUCUUCAAGGCCUCACCGUACAGCCCUUCCUGCAGCAAAUGUCCUCCUUACAGCUAUACCCACAAAGAGGGAUCCGUUUCGUGUCGGUGUGUGGAAAGCUACUUCAGAAGAGACAAUGAUCCACCUGUCAUGGCCUGCACAAGGCCACCUUCUGCUCCGCAGAAUGUUAUCUCCAACAUCAACAAGACCAGUGUUAUUUUGGACUGGAGCCCUCCUAUUGACACCGGUGGGCGAAAGGACAUCAAGUACAUCAUCGUCUGCAAACGGUGCAGUGUGGACUUGUUCCAGUGUGAGGAGUGCGGCAGCGGUGUCAGGUAUAUCCCGCAGCGGUCUGGUCUCAAGAACACCUCGGUGAUGGUGAUGGAUCUCCUGGCUCACACCAAUUACACCUUCGAGAUCGAAGCGGUGAACGGAGUGUCGGAGAUGAGCCCAACGCCCAGGCAGUUCGUGUCCGUCAAUGUCACCACAAACCAAGCGGCACCAUCGCUGAUUAGUGUUGUGAAAAAGAAGAAGGUGACCAAAAAUAGCAUCGCACUAAACUGGCAGGAACCAGAUCGCCCCAACGGUAUCAUACUGGAGUAUGAGAUCAAGUAUUUUGAAAAGGACCAGGAGACCAGCUACACCAUUAUCAAAUCCAGAGAGACCCAGAUUACUGCAGAUGGCCUGAAACCUACGACAGUGUACAUCUUUCAGAUACGAGCUCGCACAGCAGCAGGAUACGGGGACUACAGCCUCAAAUUUGAAUUUGAAACCAGCCCGGUCUCCUUACCUGCUGGUGAUCAGAGCCAGGUGCCCAUCAUCGGUGUCUCUGUCGCUGUGGGUCUAAUCCUGCUCGCUGUGCUCACUGGGCUGCUCCUGAGCGGAAGGCGGUGUGGAUACAGCAAAGCAAAGCAAGAUCCAGAAGAGGAGAAGAUGCAUUUCCAUAAUGGUCACAUUAAAUUGCCAGGUAUAAGAACGUACAUUGAUCCUCAUACGUAUGAGGACCCAAGCCAAGCUGUCCAUGAAUUUGCUAAGGAAAUAGAUGCAUCAUGCAUCGCCAUUGAAAGAGUAAUCGGAGCGGGCGAGUUUGGUGAGGUGUGCAGUGGGCGUUUGAAGUUAGCUGGGAAGAGGGAAUUUCCUGUAGCCAUCAAAACUCUAAAGGUUGGCUAUACAGAGAAACAGCGCAGGGAUUUCCUAGGUGAAGCAAGUAUCAUGGGCCAGUUUGACCAUCCAAAUAUCAUCCACCUGGAGGGAGUCGUCACUAAAAGUAAACCAGUAAUGAUAGUGACUGAGUACAUGGAGAAUGGCUCUCUCGACACUUUUUUAAAGAAAAACGACGGCCACUUUACAGUAAUCCAGCUGGUGGGAAUAUUAAGAGGAAUUGCAUCCGGAAUGAGGUACCUUUCAGACAUGGGCUACGUACACCGGGAUCUGGCUGCACGGAACAUCCUGGUCAACAGUAACCUGGUCAGUAAGGUGUCUGACUUUGGCCUCUCCAGGGUGUUGGAGGACGAUCCAGAAGCAGCUUACACAACCAGGGGAGGGAAGAUACCGAUCAGAUGGACAGCUCCAGAGGCAAUAGCCUACCGCAAGUUUACCUCUGCCAGCGAUGUCUGGAGUUACGGAAUAGUCAUGUGGGAGGUGAUGUCGUACGGGGAAAGACCUUAUUGGGAUAUGACUAAUCAAGAUGUGAUCAAAGCUGUGGAGGAAGGCUAUCGCUUGCCAAGUCCCAUGGACUGCCCCGCGGCUCUGUACCAGUUGAUGCUCGACUGCUGGCAGAAGGAACGCAACAGCAGACCCAAGUUUGAGGAAAUCGUCAGCAUUUUAGACAAACUGAUCCGCAAUCCGUGCAGCUUGAAGACAUUAGUCAAUUCUUCCACGAGAAUGACCAACUUGCUGGUAGAGCACAAUACCACAGGGCUCAAUGCCUUUCAAUCUGUGGGAGAGUGGCUGGAAUCCCUUAAGAUGGGUCGGUACACAGAUAAUUUCAAUGAAUGUGGAUACACCUCAUUGGACAUUGUGGCAAAACUAAGCUUAGAAGAUUUGAGGAGAAUCGGAGUGAGCCUCGCUGGCCACCAGAAGAAAAUCAUGAAUAAUAUUCAGGAACUCAGGGUCCAGCUUAUGAACGGCAGCAUAGCCAUGUGACUGGGCCCCUGCGCCUCGAGACACCGCUCGUCAAUCAGCACUUUUUUUUUCUGAACCGAAACUUGUAUUUGUUCACUGCUCGGAGACGGGCGAAAAGCAAAGACCUGCAGUGCACAGACCUGCAAUGGGAUAGAAAAAAACACAUCACCCCUCCUCGGAUCAGCCUUUCAAUUGCUUUUUCUGCUUCCGUGAAUUUCAUAUUCAUCCAAAAAGGAGAGGGAAUAGCGCAGAAGGGAAGUUUUAACGGGGACAUUUCACCUUUCUCCCUCCCAAACGAAGCAGCACUGCAAACUUUGCCCCUUCACUUGUUUCUAAGAAGGUUGCUGCAGCACCUUUGACAUUUUGUUUCGCUGUAAACGCCUGUGAUUCUCCUGUGGGAGGACUCGAACUUUCUUUAUAGGCCAAUUUCAAUGGAUUCGGGGAUGGCAGUAGAACCACAAUAGUUUACGUCCGUUUACUGUAUCGAGUCUCUCAAUGACUUACAGUGGUGUAUUGAAGAGCAAUAUAAUUAUGUUUACUACUUGGUAGUAAUUUUUUUGUAAAUUAUAAGUGCAGUUAUAACAUGUAUUUAAUAAGUUAUAGAAAGUAGUGUAUAAAGUCUUUGCUUGAAUCAGUCUUGAUCAGUAUGUAUUUAUUAAUUGAAAUGGUAGAGGAUGUCAUGAAACCCGUUAGUUGAAAACGUAUACAUUUGCUUUGCCCGCGCUUUAUAUGUAUAUACUGUACAGUUUGCUACUGCAGGGUACAGAUUUUUUCUGUGUGACAAAUCUGCUUAAAUGUAUGACUUAUAUGUGGGUUUGGCUAAAAAAAAAUGAGUGCUGCAUAGUUGUAAAAUGUCAUGGUGAGAGUUCCUUAAACUUUAGAGUCGACGACCUUGUUCUGAGUAGUGUGUGACACGCCAAUGUGUUUUUGUAACAGUAUCGUUUAAAGGGCUUCAGUGCUCAGACGUGUGGAGUAGAAAGUGCUCACAUUCUCACAUUCUUCCCCGAUAUCACAGUGAAUAUCAAACUGAGUUCCAGGAGAUUGGCUGGGUCGUCAGUGGGAUGCCCUUUUCAAUCAUCUUUGCCUUUAUUUGUCAGGCAACACGAACAACAGUUUUUUUUUAAAACUCUGUGCAAGUUUGAUCUUGAACAGCAGAUGAGCUGCUUCGACCAAUGCACACGGACACCAAGGAGCCCAAUUUAAACACUGCGUUCGCAUAGUAAUUUAGUUCCAGGCUCGUGGUGCUUGUAUUUGAAUAACUAUGUUACAGAAAUGUAAUGGAGCAAAGGGGGAAGAUGGAUAAAUGAGCAUCUUUAAUGAGCAUUUACUUAACUCGCAUCAACUUAAAGGAAAACUCCAGACCUCUGCGUAACAGAUAUUUUCAAUGUUGCUUGAUGAGCAUUGACCAGCAUUUAUUUUCAGCAUUAUGUACUCUUUUUAAUGAUUAUAAAACCGUUUUUGCUGGCAAAGCACGAGGUUGUAAUCAUCUGGGUUACGUUAGGAGCAAGAUUGAUUGUCAGCGAGAGUGAGAUGCAUUUUGCAAACCUAUUUAGAGGUUUGAAUCUGUCUUUAUUUUGCAGAAAGAGAGUCAACAAAAAUAGAUCAUUAUCCUAAACCAAGAGUCCAAGUCAACAAGACUUGACAGUUCUGCAUUUUGUUUGCAAACGCCCGCAGAUCAUUUACUUUUUCUUCUGGUCCUUUCUGGGUUCAACAUGCACGUGUGCUAACAUCAGCACUAAGCUAAAGGUUGACUUACACUAGACACACUUUGAAGGAUUUGAUAGAAACACUUGUAGUUUGCUGUUUGGGCCGUACAGAGCGGCUUCAGACUUUCAACCCCAAAGUGUCCCCCUUCUGUUCCAGCAGAGUCUAGGAUAAAAAUUGUGCUGCAGAUCUAUAACCUCUGAUAUUUAUUUACUCUAGCAUUCACUUGCUUUGUGACAGGCAUAGUGCUUUGUAUAAAUGUAUGGUUAUCCAUUUUGUAGGUGCUAAAUAACAGGAGUGCUUUGUUUUAAAAAGUCUAUUCAUUUGAAGUAUGAGAUUAUUGUUAAACCAAGGUACGAGAUCUGAAGUUUUAGGACUGGGUCACUUUAGUUGAACAUAUUUACACAGAGGGAAGGAUUUUAAAAGGGAAUUGAUAGGGGCAGCAAGUUACCAAAGUGUCCUUUCACCCCCGAAACAUCCCACAGUAAUGGGAUGAACAUCUCAUCUCUCUCUGCUUGUUGUAAGAGUCUCUUGAAUUGACGUUGAUCAAUCUCACCUCGAGUGGGCGUGGACGCUCAACAGAACUAAACUACUGCCCAGAAUUUGGCACUGAAUCUGCGUUCUCACUCAAAUGAGACUGAAGGGUGGUUGGUGCGGUGGGGAAAGCACAAAUCACAUUGGUAUAAUGGGGCAAGAGGGUGACGGGAAGAAGUAUUCUUCCACCACCUUCACAGACCAUUGCCAUCUCUCACCUAGUUCAGCACAGAACUUUGCUUUAAUGCCUUAGUCAGUAGCUUCCUGAAACAAGCACAUCAUUUGUUACAGCUCCACUGGACUCCUCAUGUACUAUCUGGCAUUCAAAGCUAUGACCAUUCAAAGUUACUGGAAUAUUGUCAGAUACAGAAAAAAAAUGUGUUGCUUG